UCCAAUUCUGCUCUUGCUAAUCCCAAACACGUGGCUGGGUGACGCACACGGCGGUAUAUCAGAGGCUGCGAGGCGGGCAUCUUCUGCAAAUCUGAUGAGCGAUCGGACACGAUGACAUUAAAGUUUGAAGCUUUGUGCCCACAGGGAAUUUGUCCUGGAUGGAGCUUAAUCGUAAAAGGAGAGACAAGUUCCAGCGAAAAUGACUUUGAAAUCAACUUCAUCUCAGAGACAGGAGACCAGAUCGCUUUUCAUUUCAAUCCCCGUUUUCCUGAGGGCACGAUAGUCUGUAAUUCCUUCCUGUCAAGCCAAUGGGGUCAAGAGGAACGCACCGACACGUUCCCAAUGGAGGCCAAGGAACCUUUCCUGGUGGAAAUCUAUUCAGACCAUGACUAUUUCCAAGUAUUUGUGGACGACAACAAGAUCAUGCAGUACAGACACCGUACGAAGCAAUUAUCUGGCAUUACCAAAGUGCAGAUCCUGAAUGACAUCAAUAUUUCCUCCAUUGAGCUCACGAGAAGAGAAGUGUAUGAGUGAGAACACGUCAUGCCAUCUACUGUCUCGGGAACCAUUCGAGCUCUAGAUUGGCAAGCAAUGCUGUAAUCCAUGUACACCUUAAAAUACCACCAAGAGUCCUUCUUUUUGCUGUCAACCCAUAGCUCGGUGAAUAUGUCAUACCAGAUAUAGCACAUCAACCCAUUGGAGUUACUUGCUACAUGUCUACAAAACACAAUUAUGAAAUGAAAGCUUUUAGAAGAGCUUUUUUGUCUAGAAGUUGUACUCUGCUCAGAUCGUAAAUCCUGUAUAUAUAUAUAUUUAUACAUUUCCCACAAUGCUUUGUCAUGUUGGAGACACCUAUAUUUUAGAUGUAGUUUCUUUUUAAGUAACACCAAGGUCAGUGUUAAUAUGAAUCGUUCACCUGCCAUAGAUGGACAAGAGAGUUGCUGUUACAAACAUUGAUAUUAGAGUCUUUGCUGUUUGGUCAUGGAGACGGAUGACUAGCAUGACUUUGGAAGUUUCUAUGUUAUAUUUUUUUCCACCAAUAAAAUCAUCAGAAAGCA